CAAUAAUUGGAAUAUUUCUAUAGCAGCUGAUAGAUCUCUUUCUGCUUAGAUCUAUCAAAACAAGUACAUUCAAAGGAAACAUUUAUCAAUUUUUUUUAAUCACCACUUUUUCAAAAUUUAAUUAAGUCUUUGACAAACAUUUCUGAAGAGACUUCUCUACCAACUACUAGUCUAUUCAUUAUGAUAUCUGUUUUAACCAUUUACCGCAUGUCGCAUUACUCAAAAUGUAGAUUUCUAUUUACAUUGACAGUGUUGAUGGAAUACGUUUUACAAAUACUAUCUCUCAUGUUGGGUCUUGUAAGGGCAACAGAUCGACCAGUUAUCGGAAUAUUGACACAUGAAAUCACCUCUGAUCAACUAAGGAACAUCACUUCAAAUUCCACAUCUUUCCUACCAACCUCUUAUGUGAAAGCUGUUGAAGGAUCAGGUGCCAGGGUUGUGCCGAUUUUUUUGGGAAAAGAUGAAGAAUAUUACUUGGAUCUAAUGAAAAAUAUCAAUGGCCUCCUCUACCCGGGAGGAGAUGCUGACUUUGAUGUGGCAAAUGGUUAUGCUUCAACUGGUCACAUAUUAUACAAAAUGGCCAAAAAGGUCAACGAUAAUGGUGGACACAUGCCUAUACUCGGCAUUUGCCUGGGAUUUGAGCUGCUGAUGCACGUUGCCAACAACAAUAAAGAGCUGAGAACCGAUUGCAAUGCAACAAACACAAUGCUGGCGCUUAGAUUCAAACCUGACUUUCAAGAUAGCAAACUAUUUAGUGACGCUGAUCCCAGCAUUCUACAUAUUUUGUCAACACAACCUGUAACAGCAAAUUUUCAUAAGUACUGUGUAACAGAGCAGAACUUUACCAAACAAGGACUGGACAAGGAGUGGAAAAUCCUCUCGCUGAACGAUGACUCGAAUGCAUUGGAAUUUGUUUCUACUUUCGAAUCGAAAAAGUACCCAUUUGUGGGCUUGCAGUAUCAUCCUGAGAAGAAUGUCUACGAUUGGAAAAUCUCACACAAUAAUUCCCACUCAAUCGACUCCAUCUAUGCUUCAAGAUUUUUCUUCGACUGGCUUGUUAAAGAGUCAAGAAAAUCAACACAUAAGUUCCUGAAUCAAUCCAUUGAGAUAAACUCUUUAAUAAAUAAUCACUCUCCCAUCUACACUACUAAUGAAAAUAUAACAUUCCAGGAAUUCUAUGCAUUUUAAAAAAUGAUCUAUGUUGCAUUAAUUUGAGUGUCUUGUCUUAUACGUAUUUUUUUCGUAGUCGAUCGGUUAAAAACUAUACGCUACUACAACAGAGAAAUUAUCUUUGAAACUUCCAGAAAAAUACGUUCAAUUUGCUAAAUAUGGCAAUUAUACUAUUUGAAAACUAAUAAAUUUAAACUUGAAUAGUAUGUUUAGUUGAUAUGAAUCAACUUGAGAAGAACGUGCAAUGGUGUAGAUUAAAUAUUACUGUCAUUUUUAUCAUUAUAGUCAUUUUUCAAGUAUGAAGAGGGUUAACUAUUGUAGAUAAAAUAGUUCUAUUCUUGUAUUUUAGAUAAAUAAAACUUGAAUAAAAUUUCAUUAAAGUAAAAAAUGUUCACUCACCAAAAAAUAUAAAAUUAACAUUUUGUUAUCAAGAUCCCUUGCAUCCUUCAGUAGAUAAUUGAAGAUACCGUAGAAUGCGCAGAAGCUCCCAAACAUCAGAAAUGAGUAAUUGGCGGUGUCAAAACAUAAAAACAAAAAAAUCAAAUUGGAUGAUCAGUAUGCUUCCAUUAAUAGAAUACCGGGUUUUCAAUUUUUGGGUGCACUAUGGACUAACACGUGAAACAUUUAAUUGUAAAUAAGUAAUCAUGUUAUAUUUACAGUACGGUAUUGAUAAUAACGGUUCAUAAUUUCAACACGUCUAUAGUUAAAGAAUAAUUUUCAACCAAGUUUGUUGAAUAAUUCAAUGAUUAGCCUGCUGCAAUUGGAAUAUCCAACUGGCCACAUUGUCUUAUCUGCCAAAUUCAAACGAAUCCGUCAUUUUUCAUACCUAAAUCUAAAUUUAGUAUAAUCAGAAUGAUAACAGAGGAAAAAGGAAACGAAUAUAACUUUGAAACGCUCUAGAAAUAUUAAAUUUUAUUUUAAUUUCUUUGAUUAAAAAUAAAAACAAUAUGCUGUUAUAACGUAGUUAAAAUUCAAUAUGCACAGUUUAACAAGUUCAUGCUGUUUAUUUGGCAUUUUCCAGUCUUAUCCAGAGUUCCCUAGUAUCAAUAUCUUUUUUUAUAUUAUUUUCAUCUUAAAAUAGAUUAUAGUCUUAUAAUUCGGAUUGCCUUAAAAAUAAUGAGAGUAAUAACUUCACUGGGCAGUAAGGUACUUUUAGUUUUAAAAUUGAUUUCAGAUUCCUCAGCAGAGGACUUCACUAGACUAAUAAUUUAUCAAUUAUCUAUGAGUAUAUUUAUUACUUAUUAUUCAAUUAUUGAAUCAAUGUUACACAAUUAUUAUUUUUUUAACUGAAGUUUAGCAAUAAUUUUGUUAUAAAGAUGUUUUGAUAGGUAUCUACAGUAUUUCCGCAAUAUUGCUAUGGCCUAUCAAGUUAUAACACCAGAAUAAAAGAUUUCAAUAGCUUCCUCACUUUGAACAAAAACUAAUACAGUACGGUAUGACAUUAUACAUUUUUUCCAUCUUCCACAGGUAUCUAAUAGUAGGUAGUAUUUCACUUUCUGCAACAGAAUUUGAAAGAAACAAGGUUUUUUCAAUGAGACUGAAAGCACGAUCCGUUUAGCGUCAGUUAUUGGAGCAUAUUGAUAGAUUUGUUGGUGCAAAUGAUCAUAAUGAAGGAUAGGUGGAACAAUAGAUCAAUUUUAGAUGGAGGAAAAGUGUUUUUGCAACAAAGGCGAAUAUUCCAUAACUACUCCAUUUUGUGUAAACGUUUUCCUCACAGGAAAAAGGUGAACUUUGGUCCCUGGAUGCU